UGUGAACCCGGCCUAAACCAUUUUAUUCAUAUUGUAGUGACUGUGAGUUCAAUAUGGAAAUGGGUUUCUCAAUGUUUAAGAAAGAAAUAACGAAUUUAAGAAGCAGUGAAAGGACGAAUUGCUAAGCCUGAAAGAAUGGCAGGAUUCGGCCCUUCCUCCAGGAUCCGGCAGUUGAAUAUGGAGGAAACUAUCAAAAUGAAAUUGAUGAGGAUGAAGGAGAUUGUGAACGUAAUGGAAACCACCGGCGUCGGAAUGGGAAUAGGUGGUGGAAUGGGAAUAGGGGGUGGACUGGGAGUAGGUGGUGGAAUGGGAAUAGGCGGAAUGAAUAGAGGGAUGGACCGUGGUUUGGCAAUGGAAAGAGAUAUGGGAAUGGACAGAGGUAUGGGAAUGGACAGAGGUAUGGGAAUGGACAGAGGUAUGGCAAUGGACAGAGGUAUGGGAAUGGACAGAGGUAUGGGAAUGGACAGAGGUAUGGGAUUGGAUGGAGGUAUGGGAAUAGACAUGGGUAUGGGAAUAGACAUGGGUAUGGGAAUGAAUAGAGGUAUGGGAAUGGACAGAGGUAUGGGAAUAGACAUGGGUAUGGUAAUGAAUAGAGGUAUGGAAAUGGAUAGAGGUAUGGGAAUGGAUACAGCUAUGGUUAUGGGAAUGGGAAUGGAUCAUGGGAUGGGAAGGGAAAGAAGAAGAAUGAUCCAAGAUCUACCGAUGAAAGCUGGGGAUAAUUGUAUCUGUGUGCUAGGAGAACAGGUUUAUGAGCGGGAUGCAGUGGAACAGUUCGAGGACUGUCUCGGGAACAAGGCGAGACGAAUUCUGGGCGCUGUGGACACUCAAGCCAAAUGCCUUCGCACACUUUAUGUCUUGAAAAUUACCUCUGGAACCAGCGAAGCAGAGGUUCGUGAAUAUUUUGAGAAGUUUGGGAUAAUGGAGACCAUUGAUUUAAUCAAGAAUAGAAAUCAGAAUUCCUAUGCUUGUAUGAUAUUUCAAGACGCAGAGACAGUUGAUGCAAUACAGGCAAAAAGACCUCAUAAAGUUGGUAAAGGUGAUGUUCUGACGAAGCGUCAAGUUCUGCAGAAGGAUAAAAGAUUUGGUUUUGUAAACACAGACACCAUCUCUAUAGGUCCCCCAGUUAGUUUUUCAUACAAGACAAUGACUGCAGGUUUAACAAGCACGAAUACUGAGCCUGAUCUUGUUGAGUUCUUUUCUCAGUACGGCGAGGUUCUCAAGGUUCAGCUGGACUCUAGGAAUUUUGGUUCAGCCUCAAUUAUGUUUAAGGACACCGACAUUGUUGAUAAGAUUGCUCUGCUCCGUGGGUUUACUAUCGAGGGAAGAUCAGUAGAAGCAGAGAAGGUAUUUUCAGACAAGGAUACCUUAGAGGAGGAGUUCAAUCCAGACUUGAAUAUAACUGGUGACCCUGAAGCUCAGGUCAUGCGGAAAAUGUUUGUUUACAAUUUACCCAAGAAUACUACCACAGAUGAUCUCAGAGAUUUAUUCGAAAAAUACGGAGAAAUAUUGGAGUGUGAUAUAAUAAGAAUGUUUGCUGUAAUAUUAUUCAAGAAUUCAGAGAGUCUGGAUCAAGUUAUGGAAGACAG